AUGAAAAUAGCGACAGCUACUACCCUGCCGCUCCAACAAUCUUGGAUUUUGUCGGGCCUGUCAGAAAUUAUGCCGGGCACAUCCAACGUCUACCACUGCAAGUCUGCCAUUACAACAUCUGCCCGGCCACCUACCAUCGCCAACGCCUGUUCUCCUCCUUCACUUUGCUCUCAGGCCACUCGAAUAUCGUAUUUAACGGCCAAACUGGACGGCGCACUUGAUAGUUGA